AUCUUAAUCUCGCGAGAGCAGUGUGCGGGAUUACAGGCCGUGUCACCUGAGGCUCGACACACCGGUGGAGAAGAGGCGAAUUUCCAGUGUGUCAGUGAGGAUGUCUUCUAGCGAAGAGGGUUAUGUGGUCAGGAUCAGAGGACUUCCAUGGUCUUGCACCCAGGAGGAGGUGGCUGGUUUCUUCUCUGACUGUGACAUCAUGGGGAAAAUCAAUGGAGUAUGUUUCACUUACUCCAAAGAAGGCCGCCCCAGCGGAGAGGCAUUUAUUGAGCUAAAAACAUCAGAUGAUUUUAAGAAUGCUCUUUCUAAAGAUCGUAAAUACAUGGGACAUCGAUACAUUGAGGUAUUCAAGUCAAACCGUAGCGAGAUGGACUGGGUGCUGAAGCGUAGCGGCCCUGCUGACUAUGACAGCUCCAGUGGCUGCAUGCUGAGACUCCGAGGCCUGCCCUUCGGCUGUAGCAAGGAAGAAAUAGUUCAGUUCUUUUCAGGGUUGAGAAUCGUGCCAAAUGGGAUUACUCUGCCAGUGGACUACCAGGGGAGGAGCACAGGGGAAGCCUUCGUGCAGUUUGCCUCAAAGGAGAUAGCAGAAAAGGCUCGGGGGAAACACAAGGAAAGAAUAGGGCACAGGUACAUAGAGAUCUUUAAGAGUAGCCGUGUUGAGAUCCGAUCCUACUACGAAGAGCCCCGGCGGGGCAUGGGGGCCCAGAGACCCGGUCCCUAUGACAGACCCAUUAUGGAUGGCUCCAGGGGUGGAUAUUUUAGCUCCGGACUCAGUCGUGGUGGCUCCCUGAUGGACAACAUGAGGGGGGGAGGUGGCUACGGAGGAGGUUAUGGCCAUAGCUUUGAUGGCUACAACGGACUAAACAGCUACGGCUUUGGAAACUGUAUGUUUGACGAGCGAAUAAAAGAAGAGCGAGGAUCAAGAGGCCACAGUUACAGUCGUCAGGUGGAUGGAGGCUCAGCUUUCCAUGGUGGCCAUUUUGUCCAUAUGAGGGGUUUGCCUUUCCGGGCCAAUGAGGGAGACGUUGCUAAAUUCUUCUCACCUUUGAACCCAAUGAGGGUCCACAUUGACGUCGCUCCAAACGGCAAGUUGACAGGAGAGGCGGACGUGGAGUUUCGCUCCCACGAGGAUGCAGUGGCCGCCAUGUCCAAAGACAAGAACCACAUGCAGCACCGCUACAUUGAGUUAUUUCUCAACUCAACAGCCAGCGGAGCCGACAUGAGUCGUGGUAGUUACUAUGGUAACACGGGCUCACGAAGCAGCGGGCUGCGAGGCUCAUACUGAUGAUGUCAGCCCCCCACCCCGUUCCUUUUGCCCCCACCCCCAGCAGGGCAGCCCACCAAUAUAUUUCCCCCAACAAGGAGAGCUGAUCUGACUUCUUUUCACCUCCAAUACUGAAACAGUUGCACUUUUUUUUGUAAGAUUUGUACCUUGUUAGUGACAAGACUGAAUGAGCUGAUAUGUUUAUGGUAUGAUUUUUAUAGGAAUCUUCUGUUUUUCCAAAUGUGGGAGAGGGGAAGUAAACCCCACACAAACCAAAAGAGAUUAAUUUAAUGCUGUCAGGACCAGUCACUGUCACCUCGGAUCACAGCUCCUGCUGUAUAAUCCUUAUUUCAUUUAUUUAACAAGACGUGUGAGCCUUUGUUAGGCUGCCCUCUUCCUGCUUUUAUUUGCUCCUCAGAUUUAACAUUGAGCUGUUUUUUUUUUUUUUAAUUAAUCUUUUUCCAGUUGUUGGAGGACUCUUAAUUUGAGUAUCGUGUUCUGAUCUCCUAGAGUUAAAGUCUAUACUUCAACUGCAAAAUAUCCCUUGCAGCUGUUGUACAUUUUGCGUAAUAAAUUUUAUAUUUAAUGAUCCUAA